UCAUCAGUAUUUGCACUUUUUUUAAUCCUAAAACUUAAAAUGAAAUUAAAAAAUUCGCCGUAUAAAAUAUUCUAAAUUUUUCCGACAUUAGACGUGACAGGUUAAGAUUAAUCCAUAACAAAUUAACAAAAAACACAAUUAAAAAAUACGAAUUAAAAAAUUUUAAAAAAUAUAAAAACCUUCGUUAAAUAAUAAAGUUAGUCAGUGCGUCUUCUUUCUUCCAUCCACCCACCACCCUCUUCAAGGUCGCUUUAAUUUUGCGCAAAAAUCAAACCUUAAAUUUUUCCAAUUUUUCCCCAAAUUUUCUCCCCUAUUUUUACUCCGAAAAAUCAUAAACCGUCUUUUUUCUUUUCUCCUUCCGAAUGCAGAAUCAUGAGUUUUUGAUUUGGGUUUUCUAGAUUUUUCCCGGGUAUCUCUUUGCCUCAUUUUCCAAGGUUAAGGAAUUCAGUAUUCUGUUACUCGGAAAUCGCAAGGAGAGAGGGUACUAGUUCGUGGAGUUAGCGAACUUCUACGGACUGAGCGCCUUUCUCAUUAUUUACUUGCCAGUUUCAUUCCUUAACUGCUGUAUGGGAUACUCAUGUCCUUGGAGAUAUUGAGGAGCAGUUUUGAUAAAUGUUAAUGAAGCAGUGGGGUUUUAGUGAUACAAACUUUGGUGUAUGAGUGAGACGUUGGCUGGAAUUAUGGGUUCUUUAUGUUCUUGCUUUCGCAUGGAGGAUAUCGAAGACUACGUGAACAGAAAUAGUUCCGUUUACCGGAACUGUAUCUGUCUCAGUUGUUUCCUUCAAAAUUUCUUCCAUAUGUAUUCUUCAGUAUUUCGAAGGGGGGAAGUUCAAUCCUUACCUUCAUCCAUCCAAGGGGCAUCUUUGACUUCUGUGGUGUCAACAGACAACUCUCUUGCUGAUAUGUAUCGCUCUCCUCCAAGGCCUUUGCCUUAUGAUGCAGAUCCUAGAUUUUAUCGCAUGCAGCGGGAUGGGUUGUUCUCUAGACGGGAAAAGGGUUCCAGUCAUUCACAUGAUGAAUCAGAACCUCUGAGGAGAAGUGAUAUUGAUGCUGAUUCUGACCCUUUAAGUACAGGGGACAAGUGGAAUGAGUCAGCUUGUGAAGACGGCACAAAAGAAGGUCGUAAAUCAUCUGUAAAGCUUUCAUCAGCUAAAUCAACGCAAGUAAUGGGAUAUUUUUAUUCCUCUUCCGAGGAUGAAGAUGUUUGUCCAACUUGUCUUGAAGAAUACACCGAGGAGAAUCCAAAGAUAGUGACUAAGUGCUCCCAUCAUUUUCAUCUGGGUUGCAUUUAUGAGUGGAUGGAGCGAAGUGAGAACUGCCCCGUCUGUGGCAAGGUGAUGGCCUUUGACGAGUCCCCUUGACUUUGUUCUGCCUCAUGUAAGGAGCAGCUGAAGGCAUAAAGGAGAUAAUUACAGAGGAAAUCAAAAACUGUAUAGUCGUUGUGAAUAUUGCGGGUUUGAGGAGGUGUUUAUGUCAACUGUCAACAAGUACAUAAUAACCACAAGCACAUUAUCACAUAGCAUCUUGCCUUUCUUCUUUUGGCUCAUUAUUUAGUCAUUUCUGGGUAUAAUUCUAUAUAAUCAUUGAGAAAUGAAUAUUACGGGUUGGGUUCGUAUAUGAACCAAAGAUUUGGCUAGUUGCUUGUAAAAUUUCCACUUUUGGUUAUGUAUUGUUCGGAACUUGUGUAAAAGGCUUUGAGCCACUGAUUACAUGCAGUUGAUAUACAUUAUGGUUAAAAUUUAAAAUCAACUCUCUUGUUCUUUGAGUUA